AUGGCAGGCAUCAGUAUGUUGAGGUCUGUUUGGACCUCGUUUUCGGGCUUGAAAUUAGGUCUCACAGGCUCCCAGGUGAAGAUUCAACAGCUGAUAAAUGUCCCACAGCUACAAGCUUUAACCAUUCAGAGCAGAGGGAUCCGACAAGUGGUGGAGAAGCAGGAGGGCAAAACAACAACGAUUGAGGGAAAAAUACUGGACGUUCCAGCUGGACCACAGCCUCCAAAUCCCACAGCCAAGUGUCCUAUCUACAGAUGGAACCUGCAGCACAAAUACAGCUACACGGAUGUUCUGUUGCUCAGUCAGUUCAUCAGGUCAGACGGAGGGAUGUUGCCAAGGAGAAUCACUGGUCUCUGUUCAGAGGAGCAUCUCAAGAUUGCCAUGUGUGUUCAGAUGGCUCACAGAGCAGGUCUGCUCCCUGACCACAAACCCAAACUUCCAGAGGGCCACGUCCCAAAAAGGCCCAAGCCACACCAUAACAGAUACCUGACUCGCUGGUCCAUUGACUCGGUGAAACCCAUAUAUAAAACUGGACUAAAGUGGUGCAAGAAGCGCAUGGUUGUUGGCAGCCCGUUACUCAAGGACAAUGUGCGUUACGGUUUCAAGCCCAUUCACAUAAAACACUGAAGGACAGAAAGCCUGACGAGUCGGUGCAGCAACAGGGACGAGAGUGGGUGGAACAUUUUUAUGCGAGGACGCAGUUUCAAGUGGAUUAACUUUUGCCACACUGCCCUGAGAAAAGGCCUAAAAGCUUCAUCCAUCUGUAUUUAUUCUACCUUUUUUUGUUUAUUAAGCUGCGUCACCCUUUUAAUGAAGCCCCACCCAGAACCAUCUAUUCCGUCUCUGCUGGUUUUCAAAAAGCCCCUUGAAGUGAACUCUCUGACAACUCGAUGUGAGCAACAACUGGGUCAGUGUCACAGUUUCAAAGUAGGUGGUACGUUGACUGUGUAUACUCAAGGCAACCUAGAUUUUCAAAUAAAAUGUGUCUGUUUA